CUCCUCCAGACCUGUGUGUGAAAUGAAAACUCUUCAGACUCAGGGCCAAGCCUAGCGCCUGGGCUCGUUUGUGACCGUUUUAAUCCUAUUAAUUAAAACGUUAACCUGAUUGGAUAGAAAGCUCUGUCCCAACAGGCGAGGCUUCUUCAUAAUAACCUUCUCAGCGAGAUAAUGAGGUAAAAGACUCCCCCGUCUGUGGCGGCGGCGGCAGCGGCAGUGGUGACGGACGGGCGGCGACAGAAGCAGCCGCAGCAGCAGCAGCAAGCGAAAGCUGCUGCUCGGCUUUCCCCCCCCCUUCUACCCUCCCUUGAUGGGUCCCGGAAAUAUCUUGAAGGUGAAUCCAAGCAAGAUAAACGAUACGAGAGGCUCGCUGGCAGCUCACAAUGCUUGAGCCCUUCACAGGGUGAGAGGAGAGAGGCGCUGAGAGCGAGCGAGACGAAGAGAGGGACGCGCUCUGAGGGAGAGAAAGAACGCGCGCCAAAGAGGCCGGCCGAGCAGCCUCGCCUCAGAAAGACUGAAACGGCGGGAAGAAGAAGGAGCAGACGGAGGAGCCGCUCUCUGAGAGAAAGGGAGAGACCCCCUUCAGCCCCAGCCAGAGUCAGACCCCGGGCCCGACGCUUUGGAGGAGCGGAGCAGGAGAGGGAGGGGGACGGCAGGAGGAGCGGGAGGAGGUGAGCCCGCCAGCUGGGACCAUGGAGAGGGCUCUGAACCUGCCUUCAGAUGAGGACAUAUUCCACAAGAGUUUCAGCGCCUCGGCCAAGAGGAUGGAGUCCGCCUUUCGCUCGCCUCCGGGGCUGGACCUGGCCGCCCAUCAGCCGCAGCAGCGCGAGCCGCGGCAAGCGCCGCCGUCUCCCCUCAGCUGCUACGAGCCAGCCGACUCGGAGGUGCUGCUGAGGGAAGGCGCGGCUGGGGCGCUGGUGACCGGCGACCCUUUGGGUGGCUCGGUGUGCGUCAAGUACGGGCAAAGCACGACGAGUCGCAGCUCGGUGGCCGAGAGCAGCGGCGGGGAGCAGAGCCCCGACGACGACAGCGAUGGGCGCUGCGAGCUGCUGCUGCGGGGCCCCGGCGGAGGUAGCGGGUCUGGGGUCGUUGUCGGCGCGGGGGGCGCCCUCCUGAAGGCGCCCGAGGGUGGCGCUUGCUCCAACAGCCACCACGGCGGCGGCGGCGGGGGCAAGAAGUCCAAGGAGCAGAAGGCGCUGCGCCUCAAUAUCAACGCCCGCGAGCGGCGGCGCAUGCACGACCUGAACGACGCGCUCGACGAGCUGCGAGCCGUCAUCCCUUACGCGCAUAGUCCUUCCGUGCGGAAGCUCUCCAAGAUCGCCACGCUUCUCCUUGCCAAGAACUACAUCCUCAUGCAGGCGCAGGCCCUCGACGAGAUGCGCCGCCUGGUCGCCUAUCUCAACCAGGGCCAAGCGAUCUCGGCCGCCUCGCUGCCCAGUUCGGCGGCGGCGGCGGCGGCGGCGGCAGCCGCCUUGCACCCGGCGCUCGGGGCCUACGAGCAGGCAGCAGCGGGCUACCCUUUCAGCGCCGGCCUGCCGCCCGCCACCUCGUGUCCGGAGAAAUGUGCCAUUUUCAACAGCGUCUCGUCCAGUCUCUGCAAACAGUGCACGGAGAAGCCUUAAAAGAGACAUGAACUCCAGCCCGCUCCCUCCAUCCUUCCUUCCCUUGGGAGGACUUCUUCUGCAGCCGCCUUUAAGGGGAGGAUCUUGGGGCAAAGGGGGGACUUAAGUGCAACUGAGACCUCAGCGAAAUGUAAACACACGCACGCAAAAUCGCAAUUCUUGGGGUGGGUGGGUGUAUGAUUUUGGGUGAGUGUGGACAAAGAGAAAUAGCAGAUCGGGAGAAAAAUCCUCCGUCCUCCACAUGGUUUCUUUAAAACUUCCAAGUACUGGGAACUGCUAUUAGCGGCAGAGGACUAGGAGGGGGGGUUGAUUGGGUUUGGGCAUGGGCUAGAUGUGGUGGGAGCAAGUUGGAUUGUAAACUCAGACAAAUCAAGAAGGGCACUUAAAAAGUUUUUUAAAUGUUAUUUUAUUUCAUUGCUUCUGAGCCAGGAAAGAAACAAACUUGAAAUGUAGACUUAUUGAGAUUAGACACGCGCAAAAUUGCUCUGAAAAUACCUGCAUUUUUUAUUUUCUCUGAACUUUUGAACCUGUGAAAAUGCACAAAGUUUUGGUGAAGAGUGAGCUUAAAAAGAGAUGACAAAACUCCUAUUUGUGUGGAUGAAGUGUUGCAGGUGUUUUUUUUUAAGAUGUGCACCUUGUUUCUUUUCACUUUGCAAUCCUUUGUACAAGAGGGCACUAUAUUUAUUUCAAUGGCCCUUUCACGUCAACAAUAUUCAUUCUGUGUUGAAGGCAUGGGUCUUCUGUGAAUUUUCUUUUAAAUGCUCCUUAAAAUUCACAUUAACUUUAAAAACUUUGUGCCAAGUGUUAUAAAACGAUUUGCUAAGGACAUGUGAGCCAGAAUCUUAAUGUAUCUGAGCUGCUGAGGCUUAUGAAAGGUCAUCUGGGUUUUAAGUUGCAUCAUCCCUGUAUUUAUAAAUUGAGCUUUAAUAAAUUGCUUCAGUCCAAAAAUGAGAGGAGAGGUGUAUUCUUAAUUGCUUAAUGAAAUGGGCUGUUGAUGACUAGAAACAAUCUGCAGCAGGAAGGGAUUUGUUUCUAGUUGUUUACUGUUAGGAGAAGGCAUCGGGCAAUAGUUCUGGUCAAGAAUUUGCAAAAUGUUUUUUCCCAGAUUGUAGUGACUGGUUUCUCAAAGAGAGUGAAUAAGGUGAGGGGUUUUUUUACUAUUGAUUAUGGAAGUUAUUUUUGCUGAAGGUGGUCAUCUUUCUUAGCUGUUCUUUCACAUGCAUUCCCCCUAAAUGGUGAUAUAAGGCCCAGGAGUAAUGUUGUAUCAGUUUCCAUAGAAAGUAGAAUUCAAAAUGAAUUCAUAUGGAUUGCUUUCAAAACCAGUCCAUAACCCACUUAAACUGUGUUAGGAAAUAUUUUAUUUCUAGGCCCCGAAAUUAUUUCUAGGCUCGCCCCUGCUGAGGGAAGGGGGGCGCUUGAAUUUGGACCCAACAACUGUACUGGACUUUUAGCUGAUUAAUGUACAACCCAGUUAAGUGGAAGUCAGUUUUGCCCCAAUUUGCAUCUUAAUCCUAACCACAUGUAUUUGGAGGUAAAUCACACCAUUCAGUGCAAUUUUCUUCUGGCUAAGUUUGCUCAACAAUGUGGGGGUCAAAUAUCUGUUCCAGAUAAACAAGGUUGUAGUAGAUCCAGCAAUCUGUUUCAACAGAGGUUGUACAAUCUUGUUUCCGAACAUACUGCCUUGAAAAUAAAUACCACUGGAAGUCAAUCUUCUUUCUAAUAUAAGGAAAAUGGUGUGUUUUAGGGUCUGGGCCUUAAUAUCAGCAUUUAAACUUCUGGUUUGUGAGUAGGAUUAGCAUCAUUGGAACAUAAAACAUCUUAACUCUAAGUAACUUUGGCAAAAAAAAAUAUCCCUGAAUUGUGGAUCAUGGUGCCAAUCAAGUGUAGAUCCAGAAAAUCUUUCAUUCCCUCUUUCUUCCCUCCCCACCUCGAUGGGGCUUGGUAUUUUCCGCUACUUGCUGAUAAUCCAAAUUCAGUCUGUCAGCUCUGGAUGGCAAAAUGAGAGCCGUGAUGGAUCUGUUGGCAGGCCAUGGAUGUGUAAAGAGUGAUAUAUGUUAAAUAGGUCAAUCUGAUGAUGACAGCGAUGUAUGAUGGUUUGUAUGUGUAUCUAUGU